AUGUUUGCUUCAAAAUCCAGUUCUGUCUCCCCUUCUCCGUCCAUGGAACAGGCAGAUUCAGAUGCUCUGGACAUCAGCACCAAAGUGCAGCUGUACGGUGUGCUCUGGAAGAGACCCUUUGGGAGGCAGUCAGCCAAAUGGUCCAGGAGGUUCUUCAUCAUUAAGGAAAGCUUCCUGCUGUACUAUGCUGAGAGUGAGAAGAAGAGUUUUGAAAGCAAUAAAUACUUCAAUAUCCAUCCGAAGGGUGUCAUACCCCUGGGAGGCUGCAUUGUGGAGCCCAAAGAAGAGGCCAACAUGCCUUAUGCCAUAAAGAUCUCUCAUGAAGACUUCCAUGGUAACAUUGUUCUAGCAGCCGAAUCAGAGUUUGAGCAGGCUCAGUGGCUGGAGAUGCUACAGGAGUCUGGAAAAGUGACCUGGAAGAAUGCCCAGCUGGGAGAAGCCAUGAUCGAGAGCCUAGAAGCUCAAGGACUACAGCUGGCCAAGGAGAAACAGGAAUAUUUAGAUAAACUAAUGGAAGAAACAGAGGAGCUAUGUCUGCAGAGGGAACAAAAAGAGGAACUGGAGCGUCUGAACCAGAUCCUGGAAGCAGAGAAGCAGCGCUUUGAGGAGGUGGUGCGGGAGCUGCGGCUGGAGCAGGAGGAGAUCCGACGGGAGCUGGAGCUCACAGCCCGCUCCCUCAAAGGAGUGGAGGAAGAGAAGAAAGAGUUGAGAAGCCUGACAGAAUCCUUACAGAACACCCUGGAGGAGCUCUCCUUGGAAAAACAACAAAUGCUGGAGAUGCUGGAAGAAAAUGAGAGCCAGGUCCCACCUCCAACCAGCCCCAGCAAGGAGCAAAGCCCCAUCUGGGGACUGCACUGCAGCCUGCGACAGAUUGAAGAGAAGAUGCAGCAACUUCUGCAGGAGAAACUCCUGGCAGAGAAAAGGAUGAAGGAGAAUGAGGAGCGGUCUCGAGCACUGGAGGAGGAGCGCGAGUUUUACUCUUCCCAGUCGCAAGCGCUGCAGAACUCGCUCUCGGAGCUGACUGCAGAGAAACAGCAGGCAGAGAGAGACCUCAAGGCUGAGGUGAAGGUACGCAUGGAUCUGGAGAAGAGACUGAGAGAGGCUGAGGACGCCUUGCAGAGCUUGGAGCAAGGCUUAAAUUCCCUGAAUUGCAACAAGGAGAAAGAGAAGAAGAUGAAAGCAGAUGUCAGUAACUUGAGAAAGUUCUUUGAAGAGUGCAUCCGCAAUGCUGAGCUGGAGGCCAAGAUGCCCGUGAUCAUGAAGAACUCUGUGUACAUCCACAAGGCUGCCACUCGCCGCAUAAAGAGCUGCCGCUUCCGCUGCCGGAGAACCAGCGCCUCCUGGAAUGACAUGAAGCAGUCACAGUCCUUCAUCUUCUCACCUGCAGAAGCUGAAAACAUUGAAGAGCUGAAAGAAGCAGCCAAAAGACUGAGCCGGGACCAGCGCUUUAGGAAAACUAUUUAUCAAAUCAUGAGGUCACAAAAGGAUUCUGCUUCAGGGGACAAAAAGUGACUCUUCCUGGGAGGCGGCUUCUGAGAUCAACCUGCCAUUCAGCUCUGCAAAAGUUACAGCCUUGGGCACUAGGCUCAGAAGGGAGAUCUGGCAUUUGGUGGGCAAGGUGGGGGAGAGUUGU